CAAGCACGUAGCACAUGAGCCGGCGCAUUAGCACGUAACCUAUGCAGGUUGACAAUGUCUGAAUUUGUGACAAGUUGCAAGAGACGAUUUGCAUACAAUCUUAGUUGCUUGCUAUUUCUUCAAUUUCUAUGGCGAUUCUCCACAAAUCGACAGAACAGGUACGAGAAACAACAUUUUACCCACAAUCAACAUUCCUCUCCGCCUGCUUGCUAGAGUUCGAACUUCGUCGUCCUCGGGCCUUUCCCUUUCCUCUUGUUCCUUUUCCCUUUUUGAUCCUUUUGGGUCGUGAAGAUCAGUUUUUCAGAAUGCUUUAUUUUUUCUGAUGACCACAUUUCAAGCACAUCAUGGGAACUGUCCAAGCCAAGGAAGCACAAAAUAAGCCCGUGGAUGUGGGGGCAUUCAGUAACAAGGAACCUGAAAAUGGUCCCAAGGAUGAGAGCAGAAAAAGUCAGAGGACAAAGGCCAAUGUUUCUUAUCCAGGUUUAAAAUUGAAAUCUGUAAAGGCUAGAGUCGACAAGGUCAAUAUCGAGGGACUAGGCCGCACGAAAGAUGAUAUCAUCAUCAACAGUAUUCAACCUCUUUUUACCGCUGGGGAUUUCAUGGAGGUCCUCAAGCAAGCUCAUGAAAUUCGAGAAAGAUUGGUGAGUCUAGGAUGUUUCAAAAAUGUGAAGAUCUUCAUUGACACCAGUUCAGGCAAGAAGGCUACUCCUGAUGGGCUUGAGGUUACAUUUCAUGUUGAUGAAAUGACAAGGCUCACAGGUGCUGUUAACACACUAUUUGGCAGCAACAAUGAGGGAUCUGUUGCAUUAAGUUUGCGGCUUCCUAAUUUAAUGGGACGGGGAGAACGGAUCCAAGCAGAAUGUAGUUAUGGCAAUCGCCGCACAUCUAAUUAUAAUUUUGGAUUUGUGAAACCCUUGAGAGGCCGGUCCAAUGCUUUCUUUACCACAUCAUUAUUUCAACAAUUUUCUGAACAGCCUGCGUCUGGUUACAAGCAGAUUGAUAGAGGACUUCUCUUUGAUCUUGCCUUCACCUCAGCUCCAUUGGUCCGUCAUAAUUUGCAAUGGGAAACAGCAUGGAGGGAUUUGUCUGUUCUGAACCGAACAACUGCAUUUGAGAUCCGAGAAAUGUCUGGCCCAAGUUUGAAAGGGUCCUUGCGUCAUAUUUUGUCAGUUGAUCGCAGGGAUCAAUUGAUCUUUCCAAGAUCUGGGACCCUGUUACGUUUAACCACAGAAUAUGCUGGCAUUGGAGGAAAUGUCAACUUUUUAAAGAAUGAAGCACAGUUUCAGGCAAACAUUCCAUUGUCAGCAGAUGUGGUUUUUCAAGCAACUCUUCAUAGCGGUCUGCUGAAGCCUAUCGGGAACAGCAAGCCACCAAGUCUAUGUGAUCAUUUCUUUUUGGGUGGUCCAAUCUCACUCAGAGGGUUUGAAUCAAGGGGAGUAGGCCCACAAGCUGGUCGCAAUGCAAUUGGAGCAUCUACCUACUGGGCUGGAGGCCUUCACUUGUAUUCCCCUCUGCCUUUUAUAAGGCCUGGGGGCUUUGGAGAUUUGUUCCGUGCUCAUCUCUUCCUCAAUGCUGGCAAUAUUGGAAAUUUUGAAUUCACUGAUGACUAUAAUCACAAUUUGGAGGUGCUUGGACAAAAUAUGCGUAUUGCAUAUGGUCUAGGCAUUGCUAUGAAGUUAGGUGAAAUUGCACGUGUAGAAUUGAAUUACUGCAUACCACACUCUUAUCAAAGAACAGAUUUCAUUAACAAAGGACUUCAGUUUGGCAUUGGAUUUGAUUUCCUCUAAUUCAACUAUUCAAUUUCAAAUGCAGCUAGUCACUUAUUUGGCAAUCAUAGAAAUCGCUAUCAAAACUCUGUUGUGAAUUUAGUUUUUUAAUUUAUGAAAAUCAUUCUGAAAGAAUUUACCAAGUUUGGUGCCAUAUGUUGUUACUUCAUUCUAUGUAGCUCAAGUAUCAGACAUUGAGAUGGUAUUGUUAGAAAUAAAUUGUGAACUACUGUUA